CAGCAGCAGCAGAGAGCGGGGCGCCCCGCCGGCCGCAGCCCGGCCCCAGCUCCCGCGGCCGGCGGCGGCGGUGGGAGGCGGGUCCCGCGGUCGCAGGCUCUGCGCGGAGCGGCAGCGAGCAGCGCCCCCCCCCCAGCCCCGCCGGUGCGCGCCCGGCGUGUGCGCCUGCCCUGCCCUGCCCUGCGCCGCGGCGGCGCCCGCAGCUCGCCUGCGAAGGAGCCCAGACGCCCAGCAGGCAAGAUCCUCCGUACUGCGCUGGCCGUUUCUGGCGCAGUCCGCGCUGCCCUCUGCUAUACGCAUCGCACGCCGGAGUAGCCCGCAGCGGGGAUUGCGCUGUCUAACUUAAGAAAUACGGGGAGUAUAUGCCGUAAGAAACCCUUUUAUUUCUCAUUCCUCUCAUGUCCCAUCUCCUGGGUUUGGCGAUGCAGGGACUGCCUAACGGAGCGGCUGCCGUGCAGCAUAAAAGGCAGCAACCUACUACAAGGGUAUCGUUUGUCUUCUGGCCUCAUCCUUUGUUCUCCUUGGGUUUAGCCUGUCACUUCCCAGGGCUUCACUCUGUCCCUCGUUGGGGCAGCAGCAUCUCUCACCCGUGACUCUCCGAAGUGCUGGUCUGGCAGCUCCAAGACCCAGAGAAAGAGCUGUCAGGAUGCCAGAGCCAGCAAAGUCCACCUCUGCCCCCAAAAAGGGCUCCAAGAAAGCCGUGACGAAGACCCAGAAGAAGGGCGAUAAGAAGCGGCAUAAGAGCAGGAAAGAGAGCUACUCCAUCUACGUCUACAAGGUGCUGAAGCAGGUCCACCCCGACACCGGCAUCUCCUCCAAGGCAAUGGGCAUCAUGAACUCCUUCGUCAACGACAUCUUUGAGCGCAUCGCUGGAGAAGCCUCCCGCCUGGCCCAUUACAACAAGCGCUCCACCAUCACCUCGCGGGAGAUUCAGACGGCCGUGCGCCUGCUGCUCCCGGGAGAGCUGGCCAAGCACGCCGUCUCGGAGGGCACCAAGGCCGUCACCAAGUACACAAGCUCCAAGUAGCUGGACAUCACCUCUCCAAUGGGACCAUCAAGCACCGGACCCUCCGCGCAAGCACAGGUAGGCAGCCACGGUCCGGAUAAACGUCACAGCUAUUAUCCACAGCAAUUUACAGCCUUGGGAUGGGCAUGAGAAGUUACCUGGUGGAAGAGGAGACAGUGAUCUGGAUGUCGGCUGAUUUUCAUCGUCUGUUCGGGACGUGCAAUGGGCAAGGCUGGUGGAGGAGACCCCUGCUUUCACAUCUCAUCCAAAAGACUGACCGACUGUAGUAUAUCCAAACUCUCCUCUGUGCUUAGCAAACAUGCAUGUUUGGCACUGGCGGGGGAGACUGGCAGCAGCAACACAGAGACACUGUCUCUAAAGUCUUCCUGUUUGGCUGCUUUCUCACAGUCAUCCAAGAUGGGCACCAAUGAGUCAGCUCUGGUAUCCUCUCCUUCGUAGCCUGGAUCCGUCCUGGUGUACAGCAGCACAGCCCACCCCGUGCCGGCAGAAGUGGCAUCAACAGCUACCGGGCACGGGCUGUAGAAUAAAAUCUAUUUUGAUUCAACAGCUCUCUGUGCUUGACAGCCUGUUGUAAAGAGCAAGCCUGGCAGGCAGGCAGAUGCCUGGGAUGAUACCAAGCGCUAUUCCUCCUCGUCACUCCCCAUGGAUGAGCCAUCGAGUAGGCUGAGGGUGCUGGCGCUGGAGCUGUCUGCUGCCUCCCACCUUGCGCCAAGGCGGACGGAUGGACAAGGGGGGACGUUGGGGCUGGGUCGCAACCUUCCCCAGCUGCUGCUUUGCCUGGUUUAGGACUUGCUUUGGUGUGCAAGAUGUUGCUAAUUCUACUGCUUUUCAGAGACUUUUCCUGCCUCGAUGCUGCCUGGGUGCUCCCUUCCACCAUAAGUGUGGGCGAGACGGGCUGGUGCCCAUGGGGGUCCCCUGUCCUGUGAGCGCUAGGGUGGUGCAGGACAAACAGCACAGAGGUGUCGGGUGGGGACUGACGUUUUGGGAAGGCGUCUGGAGUGAGAACAGAGGUGGUUAAUGCAGUCUGGGGGAGAGGCAGGCUCCCUGCAGAGAUCACUGUGGGCAGCUCACCUGGCCCUGCUUUCCCUGCUUUAUUCACCGGUUAGAAAGCAAAAGCAAAAACUGGGGCUGGGUGGAUAUAUAGGGGCACUUGCCUGCAUCCCAGUGAUAUUUUAAAGAUUAAAUAAUUUUCAACUACUUCAGAUACUCCCCACAUCUUCUCAAAGUCCACAGUAAGGUGAGCAAUAAUAAAAUGCUGAUAAAAGCCAUAGAGAUUUGUGGAGGAAUGUCUUGGUUACAGGUUUAUCUUGGCCAAACUGCUGGAUAGCAGAAAAGCAUGUGUAGAACUGGUGUGAAGUUGAAGCUUCCUACUCAAAACACAAAAUUAGCCAACGUUUAAAAAAAAUAUCAAAAUCUCUGGUAGGCAGUAGUGCUCAGAUAAGAAAUAUUCAUGUCUAAAAUAACAACUGCUUUCUGCAGCUGAUUCUGUAAAUAAAAAGGGCAGCAAAGACACAGGAUCCAGAACUAAGUGCGGGUUCUCCCCAAACUGCAAGACCUUGCUUUUAAUUGAAAGGUAAAUUCAUACCCCGAAACACCAACCUUGCAGUACGUCUCUCACUUUCCCCUACAUUUAUCUCUAUCCUGUUUCUUUACACUUUGAGAGUGAUGGGGACCCUUGACAAAUUUAUGUUGCUUUUGGAGCUGUAGGACUCUGGAACUCCAGAAGAUUCAGUUAUUUCUUGUCUGUAUAACAGUGUUGCAGUCAUUGUCCAGUUGGUCUGAGGAAAGGACUGUGUAGACCUGCUCAAUGAGAGCACCUCAGAAACCAAAGAGCAGCAUGGGGUCUCAUGUGGUCUCUGUGCAAGAACAAAGGUCAAGUUGCUUAUGGGCUGCUCCCAUCCUCCUGAUUUGGGUUUGAAGCCCCGAAAAGGGGCUUUCCUCCCGUACUUUGCUUGGUGAUAGCACACAGCCAUGUUUCAUACCCUAAUGCCAGCAGGAAUCCUUAGCAAUAUCUUUCAGAAGGAGCAAAAGCCGGCUCCCCAGGUGUCAGCACCCACAACGAGCAGCUCCCAGCAGCAGUACCUGUACUCAGUAGCAUUGGUAACCUGGACCACUUGGCCAGGACACUUUGGAGGUGACAGCUUAGCACUUCCUGUUGUUUUCCAAUCAAAUAGUCAAAAUCAGAUACCAAAGAUGAAAAUGUACCUACAGUGGGCCUAGAGCCACUGUCCUUGGCCCCUCUCCCACCAGAAAUCAGACAGCAGAUGAUGCAGAAGGGAAAUACAGGGAGUGGAGGGCUGGCUGGCAGCACUGGAGCUUUCUCCUCCCAUCCCUGUGAGCCGCAGGUCAGACUUCAUCCCCUUGGGGAGGCCUCCUGAAGGUAGGAAUUCAGAGUGGAAUAAUUCCGCUGCAGUCCAAGCAGUGUGUGCGAGCCAGGACGCACACCUCCCAUGAUUACCCGGCACAGCCUCUAAAUCCUCACUCUUCCGAGCAGAGCAGAGUCCUGCUCCAGUCUCUGCAGGCUGCAGGAACUCAGGAAAAUAAAAUGAGGUGGUGUCGCUCCAGGGUCUCCUGGGCAGCCUGGGGAGCUGGGGACAAGGCUGGGCACUCGGAUGAGAGCUGCUGGCCCCAUACACAUACUCACAGUACUGGUCUCAUUUUCUUCUGCCACUCUUGCCACUCUCCAUUUUUGGAGAUUGUUUCAGAGAGAGGAUAAAUUGCAAUUUAAGGCUAUAAAAAUAAUUGAAGGCUUAAAGAGGAUUUUUAUAUUGUCUAAAGCCAAGUGACUGAGACUGGUCACGACCAUCCAUUUGUAGUUUAGGCUGUCGUUUCACACAUCAUUUGCUCUUCACUCUCCUUUUGUGUCUUUUCUUUACUUACCCCUGACAAUGUGGAGCACAGGAUUGAGGAACUGAUCCAGGUUAAAAUGAACCUUUUUUUUUUUUCAUGCAAGCUUCGUUUCAGCCCGGUUCUAGUGGCUGCUCUGAUCUGUCGCUGUUGUACAGACAUUUGUGCCAGCCAAGGGAACGACUUUUCCAGGAAAGGCAAGGCUGGCAUAAGCUAGGACUGCCACAGAAAGCAGUUGAGAAAUUAAUGGCCUUAGCGUCAAGAUAAAAUGAAGAAAGGAGAUCUGCGUCUCCUGCAGUGGCCCAGUUAGCAGCAAAGACGUGGCUUUUCAAUACACCGCUAUGGGUGUUAGCCUUGCAGUGUCCCACAAGCAGUUUCUCUAACAGUGCUGACACCAGAAAUCAGACACAUCCCAUUUCUGCAGAUCCCAGAGGACUCAAGCGUUACACAAGGGAAAGGGAGUAGUUUGGGGAGGGGACUCUGCUCCCAUGCAGCCACGCAGCUGUAGUGGUUGGCGGUUGCCUGCCUUGUUCAGCAGGCAAAGAGCCUGCGAGGCAGCCUGCCCUUCCCACAGCUGUCUGCUGCUGUACUGCCCUUCCCACAGCUGCCUGCUAGUGUACAGGAGCAUGCUCGCAGCGCUUCAACGGGAAUUAUUUUGACUGCAAUGAGCUUGGACUGAGCCUUAGUAGUAAAGGCAAUAGAAAAUGGUCUAAAAGUUCAAGCAUUGAUUGUCCACUCAGUAAUCUGAUGUGUGACGUAUUCCACAGUUCCCUGGUAAGGGGGUUUCCUGCAGAAGAGGAGUUCUGCACUUCAGGAUCUGUGCUUUUAAAAAAUACGUAUUUCCAGCUCUGAAAUUGAUAAAAUGUUUUAAAAAUGAAGAUAAUAUACCAAGCUCCACUGUCCCUACCUGAUUCCUACUGCAAUCCCAGAAGCAUCUCUGGACCAUUCCUGUGUUCUGCCAAUUAAAAAAAAAAAAUCAACUGCAGACUGAAAGUUGGAAAAGGAAGCUGAAAAAGAGUAAUACAGCCUUGAUAUUAACUUCAUAUUAACCCCAUGGACAUCACUGCACUGACUUAUUUGUUUUCAUAUACAAUUUAAGAGAUUAAAUUAGCUGCUAUAGAUCUACUCCUGAUUUUCCACCCUGCUUCCCUAGAAGGGCUUUAAGUCCAUCCGCCCUUCACAGCAGAGCCCAACCUACAGAAGAACUGAGUGGCCACGUGCCUAGAGGUUUGCUCCUGCUCAGAACAGACAGGUCUUUAGUCAAGCACGGGGAAAACAAAAGUAAAAACAAGCGUGGAGGAUGAGUGCCUGUCCUGGACACCACUACGUGUCCUAGGAAGGGAUGCCUGAGCUGAGACCACUGAAGAGCCCUGCCCAGAGGAGCCACGUGGCUGUGUGCCCUUCUGCCCUGGUGACAGGCAGCCAUGCAGAGGUAGCCCGAAGUCCUGGCCACCGCUGGAGUCAAGCUUGGCAUGGCCUCUGCACAGCCCCGAGCCUUUGUCCCAUCGUAGCAUUUCCUGAUGGUUUACAUCCAGACUAAAUUGUUUACAGGGAAAGGAAGAAUGUGAACUAAAUCAUAAAAAUCACUUGCUGCCAGAAUUUUGAGAGUUCCCUGGGACCAGCACCUGGGGAGCAAUCUCUCAUGCUUACUUUCCAUGCAUGGUAUCUUGUGGGCUUACGUACACGGAGUUUUUCUGACAGUAAGUGUUACAUCAAGUAUGAUCUAUGUUAUAUUAUUGCUGCUUUAUGACCUGUCUUACUGCUAAUUACCUGUUUUCUGUUAAAUGUAUAAAUAAAAUGUAAAUGCCAACCUGUUGAAAGUCA